AAUGUUGACGUCAUCACGCAAGCACCGAGACACCGACCAAGACCCCCGGCGUGCGUCGUCGUCGUCACACCGGCGGCGGCGACGGCGACGAGGACGUCGUCGUUAAACCCGGCGCGCUCCUGGGUCGCCGCCUCCUCCUCCUCCUCCUCGUCGUCGUCGUCCUCCUCCGCUGGAGCUGAAGCCGCGGACCCCGCGACCCGUGGAGCUCGGGGAGGCCCCGCUCAUGUUCCCGCCCUACGUCAAGGUGGUGCGGACGUUGCAGAUGGAGAUGAAGCGGUGGCGGCUUCGCCCGAGCGCCUGCGCGCUGUUGCUCGGCUCAGCGCUGCUCGUGCUGCUCUUCUACGUGGGGCUGUGGUGCAGCGCCAGCAUGGGCCUCCCCGAUGCCGAGCUGCGCCUCGACCCCAGCGAAGACGGUGCCGCGGCCGCCCCGGGGAGGAUGUUCUACGGCAUCAUGUUCGACGCCGGGAGCACAGGCACCAGGAUCCAUGUGUUCAUUUUCAAGCAGCUCAACAAAGCCAACCUGCCGGAGCUGACAAGUGAAGUGUUCCUUUCCGUGAAACCUGGCCUCUCAGCAUAUGCUGACCACCCAGAACAGAGUGUGCAGUCCAUAGAGGAGCUGCUGGCCAAAGCAAAGAAGGCCAUCCCUGAGACACAGUGGCAAGAAACUCCUGUGGUGCUGAGGGCCACGGCAGGCCUGCGCCUUCUACCUGGCCGGAAAGCAGAUGUUUUGCUAGAGCAGGUGCGAAAUGUGUUUGACAGGUCCCCAUUCAAAGUGCCAAAGAACAGUGUAGAGAUAAUGGAUGGUGCAAAUGAAGGUAUUUCUUCAUGGAUCACGAUUAACUUUCUUCUCGGAUUUCUACGAGGGCCAGAAGACAAGUUGUUUGGAAUACUUGACCUCGGAGGCGGCUCCACGCAGGUUACAUUUUUGCCCCAGAAGCAGUCGGCUUCAGAUGCAGAUGUAACAUCCUUCAAAAUGUUUAACAAAACGUUCAAGAUUUAUUCCCACAGUUACCUGGGUCUGGGUUUAAUGUCAGCAAGACUGGCCAUUCUGGGAGGAGAUACAGGGGAACCAGGCGGAAGGCGGUUGCUGAGUCCUUGCCUUCCCUCUGACUACAAGGGCGAGUGGAAACAGUCAAGCGUCACCUACUUGAUCGGGGGACAGAAAGCCAGCUUUAGCCUGUGUGCGAUGAAAGUAGAGAAGAUGCUGUCAGGGAAAGUGGAGCAGCCUGGAGGCAUUCACCAGCAACACUUCUACGCCUUCUCCUACUACUUUGACAGAGCUGUCGAGUCUGGCCUCAUUGCGCCAGAAGGCGGCACUUUGAAAGUUGGUGACUAUGAAGACAAAGCCAAAAGCGUUUGUGAUGGCAAGCAGGCCAUCAAGGGUGCCGACCCCUUUCUCUGCAUGGACCUAGCAUAUAUUGCAGGUUUCUUGCAGAAGGGCCUGGGCUUCAGCAGAGACACUCCUCUGCAGUUGGCCAAGAAGAUAAACAAUGUUGAGACUGCUUGGGCUCUGGGAGAGACGUUUCAUUUCAUCGAUUUUAUGCGCUAAAGACUCAUGACGCAAUCAAUUCUGCUAAACCAAUGUGGCGUUUUGUUAAACUACAUGUAAUGUAAAAAUUCCAAACACCAUCACUCCAUUUACACAGUUUCUUUUUUUAAUAAAACCACGCAAGAUAUCAGACGAACCUACAAUUAUCAAGCUUGUAAAUGUUGCAAAGUGCAAUUUUACCCAUUGUGGUAAAUGGUUAAAUCAAUCAAAAUUACUCGAAUAUUUCUUCAUAAUCUGAACUUUAAAAGAACAGAUAUUUCCAAGAUUCUGUAUUAAAGAUCGAACAGUUUCAACGUCAGUGUAUACCUUGAAGAAAUGUAGCGCUGGGUGCACUUUUGGGGAAAAAAAUGUGAAACGGUUGUUUUGCUCAUGUUUAAUUUCUUAUUUGUGUAAAUCUUUAAAUUGACACGUGGCAAACAGCUGCUGUAAAAUAUAUAAAGUAAUGCAUGUUGUAAGCCACAGUCAGAGGGUAAAAAUGCAAUGUUCAUUGUACAAAGCACAAAAACAAAUUGUACAUUUCUUCGGUUUGUUUAUGGCCUAAAGAAUGUGAAUUAAAAUGUACUGUUCACUGUUAUUGUAUGAAAGUUUUACAAUCAUGUUAAUUACUAGAAUCUCAUUGUGGUAUGCAGUAAGGUGUAGAAUUAACAGCAAAGAACUUUACACUGCCAUACUAAUGUCAAUACACUGAAACCCAUUUCUAUACAAAAGAUCUACAUAUUUUAUCUUUUCACAUUGCAGUAAGAUUUGCAAUUCACUAUAAAUAACACCGCUUUUUGAUCUUACAAAUACGAUGCACAUGGAAAAGUGAAAAAGAAUGGACAAAUAUUUGGCUGCAAGGCAGCUUUCUACCCUCUGUUUCCAUGACGGUAACACAAAUAAUAAUACUAAAUAAUUGCCGUACUUUGCUUCAGCAGCGGUGAUAAGCACUCCGAGCCAUGCAUAACUUUUUUAUUAUAUUUGGUUUGUCGAAACAAUACAUUGCUUAAAAUCACAAACACUUGUGAAAUGAUUGUCACUGAUUGCACAGCCAGUAUUCAUCUGGCACGCUUAAUCAUGUCAAGGAACCAUGUUGAUUGUCACGUUCAAUUAAUCUACAGUAUCUUUUUCAUAAUCCAAAUGAUAAUUGCUAAUGCAUGUCUACAAUCUUUGGCCUGGCUUAGAUUAUGAAAAUCUAUUCACUUGCGAUACUAUGGAUGACAUCGCUUGCAGGAAAUAUUACUUUUUUAUUUUAAUCAGAGGACAGUACUUUGUACGUUUGCCAUCAAUUGUAGCUGUUUUUAUGUAGCUCGUAUUGUUAAAGCUAUAUUUUAGCAGUUGUAAAUAACAUGUGUUAUUGAAUCGAAGACAUGCCCAUAUGGAUCUCGUCUGACAAAUGAUCUUGAUUUGUCCUGUACUUUCCAUUGUUUUGCUACUUCCAAGAGGCUUGCAUUUUGCAGUCGAUGUACAGCAUUCGUACUUUAAAGGGUCAUUAUUUUGGUCAUGAUUUGUUUUUGUUAUUCAAUGCCAGUACUUGCAGGUUCUUAAAAUGUGUUGAAAGUGCAAUGCUUUUUUCAUGCUAUUUCAGCAAGUGUAAUUUGUUAUAAAGAUGCAAGAAUAAUCCAGUAACUAUGAGGUUGAAAAUUAUGAACAUGAGGUAUAGCUAAUUUGUGGUUAAUGAGUUGAUCAUAAGCGUGCAUGUUUUCUGGGUGUUCCGCAUCUCCAAAUAAAUGGCAGGUUUGUUUUGAUUAUCAGUUAUUGCAGGUUAUUUUUAACAUGUCAUUUGGUGUUUAAUACAUUUAUAUUUUUACUUGGGAAAAAAAUAAAUUACCAAAAAAAUCCUGGUUGUAAGUCUGAUCAUAUUCAUUUACGAAACAUUUUGCUUUAUUUUCGUUUUUUUAUAGUUACAUAUGAUUUGUAUGUACUGCACAGUGUUGUAUAUAUGUUACCAGACCCCAUGGUAAAAAGAAAGGGCAGUCUUAAA